CACGCAGAAUCGUGUCGCACAGCAUUCAACCACAACAUGGCCACCGAAACAGUACCCUCGGCGGCGGCGGCGCCAACGCCUAAAAUGUCCCGCUAUAGGAGUGUGAGGCGCGCGCAAGAAGAGCAGACACGGCAGCCGGGUCAAUACCACCAGGACCACGCUUCACCAGCAGUGCCAGCCGUUCCAGCCAUGCCUCCAGUGCCUCCCAUGCCUGCCGUGCCCGAAUCACAGCCUCAGAAUGAUGCGCCCAUGAGCAGAAGCAUGAGUCGCUACCACCGCAGGCCAACGACUUCACACGCGACCAGCCCAAAUCCCCCACCACUACGCUCCAACACCAUUCCCAAUGCUCCACCUCCGCUUCCCGCGCAGCAACCGCCGUCCACGUCCCGGAAUCGUGCUUUGAGCUCCCCGUAUCAAUCAACACAUACCGCAAACACCGGCCAGCGUCGGCCAAGAACCGCCAGGCCUCGCGCAGAAGCCUCACCCCCCGUCUCCAAUGCGCCACGGCAGCAGUCGCUGAGAGGCGAUGACAGCGCGAGAGAGGUCCUGCAGAGAGAAAAGGAGAGACAGCGGCAGUUGAAGGAAAAGUACGAAGCAGAGGCGCGCAUGCAGAGGCAGGCCAAGCAAGCCGAACUGGACAGAGUUGAGAAAGUGCGCCAGGAAGAGGAAGAAGCUGCGCGGGCAGAGGCCCAGAGGGCAGUCGAAGAGGCUGAGGCGCUGCGUCGGCAGAGGGAAGAACAAAAGGCCGAGCAGGAACGUGGCAGGCGGUUGCAGAAGGCUGAGACUCAGAAAGUGCUCCAACAAAGGGAGGAGGGUGUCCGCAGAGCGAAAGCUGAAGAGAAGGAGCGACAGGCGACACUCGCAAAGCUUGAGCAGAAGGCCCGAAAAGCGCCUUCCUCGUCGCCCCCCGUCUCACCACCCCGGCAGCAGGAGAUAGGAUUUGGCAUGUUUAAGAGGAGAAAAGACGAGGCUCUAGGUUUAGACGCUCCUACACAACAAUCAGCUCCGCCGCAGUUGAGUCUCAACUUCGAUAGCCAGGAAGAGGAGACUAUUAGACCUGGCGGAGGUGGCGUGGUUCUAGGCAUUGAUGCUCCCACAUCUGCUGUAAAUGCUGGCGACAGGCGCGUCAAAGUUGUGUGCAAUGAGAAGCGUAUCCUAUUGCCUGUGACUCCAACCACCACACCUCUCGAUCUCAUCAAGUCAGCCGCCACUGUUCUCACAGACCCCAUCGACGUGCGUACUGCCGUCAUCUGCGAGUUUUUCACCAAAGUUAGCAUCACACGUCCACUUCGCAACUACGAGUAUGUGAGAGACGUUAUGAACUCGUGGGAUCACGACAAUCAAAAUGAGCUUACCAUCAUUGACUCUGAUGUGGACGGGAUCAACCAGGACAGCCUGCUCUCGUACAAAGUUCCAGACACAAGACCAGAGGGCGUUUCGUGCUUCAUCCAAUACUCAUCGCGACCUGGCAAAUGGAGUAAACGAUAUCUCGUUCUUCGUCCCGAUGGGCAGCUAGUCAUGGCCAAGAACGAGAAGACAAAGGAGAAGGACCAAGAGAAUAUCUGCACUCUCACAGACUACGAUAUCUACUCCGUGACCCAGUCGAAGCUGGCGCGCGUAAAGCCCCCAAAGAAGAUUUGCUACGCUGUCAAAAGUAUGCAGAAGUCCAACAUCUUCGCGGAUGAGUCGCAAUAUGUCCACUUCUUUUGUACCAACGACCGAAACACAGCGAACACGUUCUACACAGCGCUGCAGACCUGGCGCAGUUGGUAUCUCAAACACCAGAAGGGCGAGGGGCUGAAGAAGAAAACCACAGCACAACGUAAUAUAUCAGGGAACGCUGGGGCUGCGCAGGCGUCCUCCCAUACAAGAGGCGAAUCAGUUGGAUCGCAUUAUCAGCUUGGUGCCUUCUCGUCAUUACUCGACAUGGACAGUUUCAACAAGACACUGGAUGAGAUCGAGGUUCACAAGCCGGGAGAAUUUCCAGACGAUAAGCCUCUCUCGAAGCUUGAUAGUAGCGCAAUGCAUGCGAAAAUGAAGUCAGUACGAGUAAAGCGACCGCCCCCAGCUGCUUUCAACAAGAGCGGUCUAGCCGCAGAGAUCCCUCCACCGCCCACUGCUCGUCGUCGGAGUAUCGAUCAGCAGGGCGAGGAAGCGUUUGCCUCCAGCGGUCUCCUGGGGCGCAGCUACACGCAGCGCCAGGCCGCUUUACAGGCACGUGAACAAACGGGUCCGUUCACCGAGGGACCGUCUCUACUGAACAGCAUGGGUCGUGCAGCCCAAGUGUCGUCAAACGACUCCAGCCUUAAGCGCAACACUUCUGUCCGCAGCAACCACCACCGAAGAACAUCUAGUGAUCUUCAACGCAGUGCCUCGAGACGUGUUCCUGGCAUGCCCGAACCUUUGGUUGAUCUCACACCUCAGUACAAACCGCCGCCACAGCAUCUCAACAAGGGCAAAGGCUUCAACCCAGGAGUUGGCGCAGGACCUUUGGUUGAAAGUGCAACUUCAAUCGAGGAGGCAAUCAUGAUUCCGUCAUCAACGGACUGGCGCGCUGGUCGUCCAGGUACAUCGCGUGCGGCACAUGGUACCUAUGGUGCUGGUGGACACGAGCGUACGCGUUCGCUCAAGGGUCGUGGUGAGCCUUUGGCAGCGUAUACACAUAACAACCAUUUUGGCGCUCCCGAGGAUGACAGCAAGGCGUUUACAGGAGGUGGGUUACUUUCUCAGGCUGGCUACUCACAAGGAAAAGACAUGGUUGGUAGGGGUGUCAUGGAUGGCAGUAGAGCCAGAGGCCCAAUGGUCAACCUCUCGUUGAACAAUGAGUUCGCACAAGGCAGUUUGCUAAGUGCGCUGCCGAACGCUGCUCCGGUUAUUGACAGGAGUGAAAGAGUUCCGAUCCUGCCAUUGCGCCUUCCCACCAUCUCUUUACACCGCCCAUAUACAAUGGCUGAGACCGGCGCGAGAGACGUGCAGAACCACGUCCUGUUCGAGGUUGCGACUGAAGUCGCAAACAGAGUCGGCGGUAUCUACUCAGUCCUCAAGUCCAAGGCGCAAGUCACUACGGCCGAAUAUGGCGCCGCAUACACUCUCUUGGGCCCAUGGAACAGGGCUUCGGCGGCUGUCGAAGUUGAGCCAAUCGAGCCAAAAGAUCCGGCCUUGGUUGCGACCAUCAAGUCUAUGGACGACCGUGGCAUCAAGACGCUAUAUGGACGUUGGUUGAUCGACGGUGCCCCACGUGUGCUCCUUUUCGAUACCGGUACCGGUUACAGGUGGCUUGACGAGUGGAAGGGCGACCUUUGGUCUUCCACCGGCAUUCCCUCGCCUCCCGGCGAUUCUGAGACCAAUGAGGCCAUUGUCUUUGGUUACCUCAUCGCAUGGUUCUUGGGCGAGUAUGUCUACCAUGAGAAGAAGCGAGCCGUCAUUGUCCAGUUCCACGAGUGGCUGGCCGGUGUCGCAGUUCCUCUGUGCAAGAAGCGCCGAAUUGAUGUUACCACCAUCUUCACUACCCACGCUACGCUCCUUGGUCGCUACCUCUGCGCCGGCUCAGUCGAUUUCUACAACAACCUUCAAUAUUUCGACGUCGACGCUGAGGCAGGAAAGCGUGGUAUUUACCACCGUUACUGCAUCGAGCGUGCCGCUACACACGCGGCUGACGUGUUCACGACGGUUUCACACAUCACCGCAUACGAGAGCGAGCAUCUUUUGAAGCGAAAGCCGGAUGGUGUUCUGCCCAAUGGUCUGAACGUCAAGAAGUUCUCCGCUACCCACGAGUUCCAAAACUUGCAUCAGCAAGCCAAGGUCAAGAUCAACGAUUUCGUGCGCGGUCAUUUCUACGGUCACAACGACUUUGAUCCAGAGAACACUCUUUACUUCUUCACCGCUGGUCGCUACGAGUACCGAAACAAGGGUGUUGACAUGUUCAUCGAAUCGUUAGCGCGAUUGAACCACAAGAUGAAGAGUGAGAACUCGAAUAUGACAGUUGUUGCUUUCAUCAUUCUGCCGGCACAGACCACCUCUCUUUCGGUCGACUCAUUGAAGGGACAGGCUGUCAUCAAGGCGCUCCACGACAGUGUAAACAACAUUGCCGAAAAUGUAGCCAAGAAGCUGUUUGAGCGCUCGUUGACAUGGACAGAGGGCUCCGAGCUUCCAGAGGACAAGGACUUGAUUACACCUGCUGACAAGAUCUUGCUCCGCCGAAGAUUGUUCGCCAUGAAACGCCACAACCUCCCGCCUAUUGUUACCCAUAACAUGGUCAACGAUGCUGAAGACCCUGUGUUGAACCAGCUCCGUCGCUGUCAACUCUUCAACCACCCAUCGGAUCGCGUCAAGGUUGUCUUCCAUCCCGAAUUCUUGAACUCCGCAAAUCCCGUCCUGCCAUUGGAUUAUGAUGACUUCGUCCGUGGAACCCAUCUGGGUGUCUUCUCAUCGUACUACGAGCCUUGGGGCUACACUCCAGCUGAGUGCACUGUUAUGGGUGUUCCUAGCAUCACAACCAACUUGUCUGGUUUCGGUUGUUAUAUGGAGGAAUUGAUCGAGAACGCCCAGGAUUACGGUAUCUACAUCGUAGACCGAAGGAUGAAGGGUGUCGACGACUCAGUCAACCAGCUUGUCGACUACAUGUUCGAGUUUACAAAGAAGAGCAAGCGCCAACGUAUCAACCAGCGUAACCGGACCGAGCGUCUCAGUGAUCUGCUCGACUGGAAGCGCAUGGGCCUGGAGUACGUCAAGGCUCGACAAUUGGCUCUUCGACGAGCAUACCCUGCGGCAUAUGAAGACGAUGAUGAGCCAGACUUCUUCAGCUCGCAAGAUGUCAAGAUCUCGCGGCCGUUGUCUGAGCCUGGGUCUCCCCGGGACCGUUCGGGUAUGAUGACGCCUGGUGACUUUGCUUCGCUUCAAGAAGGUCGCGAAGGACUGAGCACUGAGGAUUACAUCGCGUGGAAGCUUCCGGAAGAAGAAGAGGCCGAUGACUUUACCUUCCCGCUUACCUUGAAGACGAAGAGUAAGCCUAAUUCAGGCGCAAACACUCCCACUCUGUCUACUGCACCGAAUGGUACUGACUAG